GAUUUUAUUUCCUCCUGGCGCAAAGGCUGCUGGGAGAUUCUUCUUCAGGAAGCAACACGAGCCGCUAAACAAAUCCCCUUCCAGCAGCAGGUUUCAGGGUGGAAUAACGUUCGCAAAGUUAACGGGAAGAUUAACACAACUUCGUGCAUCUUAAAUCAUGGAGGGCAUGAGCAGCGCCCUGAUGUCCUGGUUCUCCAGCCCCGUGUACAGCCGCUACUGGCAGCACUACCAGCAGGCCAUGGCCUGGCAACAGAGACACAGGCGAGCCUACCGGAAGGCCUUGGACGCCGCCCACGGCCACACUUACAGCCAGGAGCAGGAUGCCGGCGGCCUGCGGCAACGCUACGAGGACUGGAACGCAGGCGACGAGGAGGAGGAGGAGGAGGAUGAUGACGACGGCGACGAGAGCAGCUCGGACAGCGAGAUCGAGUGUGACACCAGCAACAUGGAGAUCAGCGACGAGCUUCGGCAGUACUUCGCCCAGACGGAGAAACACAGAGAGGAGCUGAAGAAGCAGCAGCAGAUCGAGGACGAGCUGCACGAGAGCUACGUGCCGGCCGACCGGGACCUCCGCGACGCCUCCUCGCGGAGCAGCGCGGCGCCUCCCUCGGACCGACCCGGCGAGAGGCGCGGCGCCGAGAUGCAGAAGCUGUACGGCCCGCACGCGCCCAAGGUCCUGGCCAUGGAGGCAGCGAUGCAGCUCAAUUUCGACCGACACUGCGACCUCAAACAGCCCAAGUACUGGCCCGUGAUCCCGCUGAAGCUGUGACGGCUGCACACGCUGCGCUUUGGAGGAAAACCCCCCUUCGCCCAUCUCCCAAAAAACGUUGCAUUAAUUAGCUGAGGUUCUGCUCGGGAUCACGCAUGCAGAGGCGACGUUCACCCAGAACACCGGGCCGUCCUUCCGGAUUUCGAAGAAAAAAAACGUUCCUGUCGCUUGAGGUUGAGGUGUACCUGCAGCUGAUGCUCGAUCGCGUGCGGUUCCUCCUCAGCUGGUUGCAGUUUUCCCUGCAGCUCGGUGACGUUACGCGCCGCUGCGGCCUGUCGACUUAGUUUAACCACCAAAAACAUGUUGUCUGUUCACAUUCAUCCCCGCGUCUGAUAUCCCGCUUUUCAACAGGAGGAGAGACGAUUUGUUGUUUUUGUUGCUUCUGAACCGUCGGCUUCAAAGCCGCUGGUGUGGUUUCUCAGGAGGGACUCUCACUAUUCUCUUUUAUCUUGUGCUCCACCACCCAGUCCCCUUUUAGCCUGAAGGAUGUAUAUUUUAAUGCAAAUUCUGUUCAUAAUAAAUUCUUUACUGUU